UAUAUUCUAGUAUCUACUGGUUUUAUAAUAUUAAAAUUUAAAAAUUAUAAUCUGUAUUCUGUGGCCUGUGUUAAAUACUAUCUCAUUUUCUCAGUUUGUCUGGAAAUAUUGAACUAUUGAACUAUUAAGCAUGACAAAUAAGAUCUUAUUUGUCAUGCUAUUAAAGUCGAAGAUAUGAACCAUUGAACUCAGCUAUUAGGAACUACUACUCACCAAAUACUGUUAUAGUGUUUAUUUGCUUUUAAAAAAACUUUUAUGCAACUUGGUGUGUAACUAUCAAAGAUCUAGAACAGAAAAACUCGUCGAUUUUACCUAAUACCUAGUAUCUAUCUAUAAAAAUUACAAAUAUGUGUAAUCGAUCUACAACUAUCGAUGAAAUUGUUAAAGAUCGGAUUAGUAUACGACUAAUUGAAACCAAGUGGGUCGAUAAAGUAGAAAACUUGGUUUACGUUGCACUUCAAAAACGAAAUGAAGGGGGCCAAGAUUCAACUACUGUUAAAUUUGAAGAAUUGUACCAAGAUGUUUGUACAAUGGCUCGUGAUGUGCUGCCAGUUGAAAUGGAAAAUGAGUUGCAUGAAAAAAUGAAUGACUUUCUAUCAUCUAAUAUUGAUGGAAGUGAUAACCCUUAUACUAUGAAUUUAUCGGAGUCUAAUUCUCCUAGAGCAGUAAAUGUUGAUACUCCUUCUGGUAGUUCCUCUAAUGUGUUAAAUGAUAUCCUUGAUAUUACUUUAGAGGUUACUACUAAUGAAAAAACAAGAAACCGUUAAUAUUCAUAUCACUGAUUAAGAUUAUUGGUUGUGCAUUAUACAGUAUAAUAUGACAUGAAAAAUAAUUAAUUUUAAAAUGUUCAAUUUCUAAUUAAUAUUUUGAACCAUAUUCCUAACAUUUUGAACAAU